AUGCCGAAAGUACUCAUCCUUGGUGCCACAGGCUACUUAGGCCGCCAAGUUGCCAACCAAUUCAUUCAAACCGGCCAACAUACGGUUUACGGCAUUGCUCGAACAGAGACUAAAGCCCGCUUUCUCGCAAGUCAAGAGAUUCGCCCAGUUAUAUGUGCCGACCCCGUCAACGACCCCGAGCCAUACCUAUCAAUCAUUCGUUCCAAGAAUAUCGAUCUCGUCGUCGACGUUACAAAUGCCGGUCCGGGAUCAUACAAGAUUCUUCAACAGCUAUCUAUCGUUGGACAAGAGCGUCUAGAAAGUUACAAGAAGCGAGGCACCCGAGGACCUAAGCUGGGUUUCAUAUACUGUUCUGGGACGUGGGUACACGGUUCCUCUAGCGAAGCGAUAAAUGAUCUUGAUCUCGUGGGCCCUGAUACCAAGGCACCUCCCGUGGAGCUUGUUGCAUGGCGAGUUGAUCUAGAGAGUGCGGUACUAAACGCACAUGACGUUAUUUAUGUGAUGAUUUUACGACCUGGGAUGAUUUAUGGACGAGAGGGACCCUUAUGGUCACCGUUCUUUAUGCCAGUGCUUACAGCUGCAAAGAACGACUCUAAGGAGCCAGUUGAACUUCCACUCGAUAGUAAUACUAAAGCUGGACAUAUUCAUGUCGACGAUGCGGCGCGUGCCUUUGUGAACGCUGCUGAAAAUUUAGCUAUGGUAUCUGGGUCGGGCGUCUACCCUGUCUUUGAUCUGGUGACUAGCCAUGAAAGCAUGCGAGAUAUCUUCAAUGCUUUGGUGGUUACUUGUAGAUUCCAGGGAAAGGUGAUACUUAAGGGUCACGGUGGAGAUUUGUUUACUGAAGCUAUGCGUACUUCAUUUCGAGGGUCGUCGGCGCGGGCGAAACAGGUUUUGGGAUGGAAGCCGAUGAGAUUAGAGGGGUAUGCGAAUGAUAUGGAUGUUUUCGUGGCUGCGAUGCAAGCUAAAUAG